AUUCACUUGAAUUUUAAAAUAUGAUAAUAGACUAAAAAAGGUUUAAAAACCGUCGGAAAAUUUGAUGUUAUAAUUUAUUUUAUGUUUAGUUUGAAUAUUUUUUUUUAUCUAAAACCUGCAACGGUUUGGAGAUCACUUGGUUGAUCUCUCAUCCAUGUAAUAACAAGCUGCAUCGUCGGUUCACCGUAAACCUCAAACGUUGGACAUCAAAUGGCACUAGAACCUGUGAUUUCUGCCAUAAAAUCUGUUUCCCACAAAGCCCAUGGUUUCCUAUUACAACACCAUGAUCAGGGCGUGCUCCAUGAGUGAUUCACCGCAAAAGGGUCUUCUUUUAUAUCGGGAUAUGAGAAGACGAGGCAUUGCUGCAGACCCUUUAUCUUCUUCCUUUGUUGUUAAGUCUUGUAUAAGGUUAUAAGGUUUGUAUCUUCUUGGCGGAGUUCAGGUUCAUUGCAACAUCUUCAAAUACGGGCACCAAUGGGACACCCUUUUGCUCACUGCUGUAAUGGACUUGUAUUCGUGUCAGAGAGGUGGUGAUGCGUGUAAGGUGUUUGAUGAGAUGCCUCCGAGGGACACUGUUGCUUGGAAUGUGAUGAUCUCUUGCUGUAUUCGAAAUAAUAGGACUCGGGAUGCUUUGAGUUUGUUUGAUGUUUUACAGAAUUCGAGCUAUAAAUGUGAGCCUGAUGAUGUUACCUGUUUGCUUCUUCUUCAGGCUUGUGCUCAUUUGUAUGCCUUGGAAUUUGGAGAACGGAUUCAUGGUUAUAUGAUGGAGCAUGGUUAUGGGGGUGCUCUCAAUUUAUCUAAUGCUCUCAUAUCUAUGUAUUCGCGGUGUGGUUGUUUAGACAAGGCUUAAGAAGUGUUUAAGGGAACGGGGAAUAAAAAUGUGGUUUCAUGGAGUGCAAUGAUCUCUGGUUUGGCAAUGAAUGGAUAUGGGAGAGAAGCUAUCGAAUCAUUUGAGGAGAUGCUGAGAAUUGGCAUUCGGCCUGAUGAUCAGACACUCACGGGUGUCCUUUCUGCUUGCAGUUAUUCUGGAAUGGUUGAUGAGGGGAUGAUGUCAUUUUUUGACCGUAUGAGCAGAGAGUUUGGAGUAACUCCCAACGUUCAUCACUAUGGGUGCAUGGUUGAUCUCUUGGGCCAUGCUGGCUUGCUUGAUAAGGCUUAACAGCUUAUUAUGUCAAUGGUGGAGAAGCCAGACUCCACAACGUGGAGGACCUUGCUUGGUGCUUGCAGAAUUCAUGGCCAUGUUACACUUGGUGAACGAGUAAUUGGACAUUUGAUUGAAUUGAAAGCUCAAGAAGCUGGGGAUCAUGUUUUACUUUUGAAUAUUUAUUCUUCAGCUGGACACUGGGAAAAGGUAGCAGAAGUGAGAAAAUUGAUGAAAAAUAAAUCAAUCCAAACCACACCUGGUUGUAGCACAAUUGAACUGAAAGGAGUAGUACAUGAGUUUGUUGUGGACGACGUUUCACAUACUAGAAACCAUGAGAUUUACGAGACACUGGAUGAGAUUAAUCAUCAGCUGAGGAUUGCUGGCUAUGUUGUUGAACUUUCAUCUGAGUUACAUAAGAUGGAUGACAAAGAAAAGGGGUAUGUGCUCUCUCAUCACAGUGAAAAAUUGGCUAUUGCUUUUGGGGUUCUUGCUACUCCACCUGGCACAACACUGAGAGUGGCUAAUAAUCUCCGCAUAUGUGUUGAUUGCUUCAAUUUUCUGAAACAUUUUUCUGGGGUUUACAACGGUGAUGUAAUUCUUAGGGACCAUAAUCGGUUUCACCACUUCAGGGGAGGGUGCUGCUCGUGUAGCAACUAUUGGUAGGAAUAUCAUGAGCUGGUGAUAAAUGUGUCAUAUCCAGCAACGAGUGUUAAAUGAUUGUCAGGAGCCCCUGCAAACGCAGAAUAGAUAUCUUCACGGCUGGUAUAUUGUAGACAAUCUGGAUGAAUAUUGGUAUAAUUGAAAUGCAACCAUACAUAUUAACUACUAAGGAGGUUUUACACUGCAUUUCAAGUGGGUGGGUGAAGGCUAACUAACCAUUGCCUUUAUUCAAGUCCUGUAUUUCAUGAUAUGUCUGAAGUUGGUGGAUAGAUCAUUCAAGGUUGAUCCUGCGGAUCAUGAUAUCAGAUCAGACACCUGCCAAACACCAUUGACCAGAAUGCAUAAAAAAAAAAAGAAGAAAGAAACCUGCUAUCCGAGAAAUUUGGUGUUGAUUCUCUCUUCUAUUUCUUUUUUAGAAUUUUUGUUUAUAUUGACACAAGACACUGAAGACAGGGAAGGUUCAUCCUCUGGAAUACAAGGGGAUUUUGUUUGAGAUUGGCACUCCUCAUCUGCUAACUAUGUUAUCAUCUUUCGAGGAAACCCUGAAUCAACUUCUCUGACCGAUAAUAAAUUUUUGUUGAGUCAAUAUAUUAUUAUUAAGGGAACAGCAGUAAAGCACUGUUACAAUGCCAAAUGAUCAUUUUCUAUACAUUUGAUUUACAGAACAACAAUAUCUAACAAACACAGUUCUUUUCCCCAUUUUUUUUUACUUGAAUCAUUCUCGCCCUUCUGGCUAGUGGCUGAGAGAAUAGGGUAAUCAUGGAUUCAAAGCAGACAAGAGAAACAGCUGCAGAAA